GCAUUUCGCCCUCCGCCAUCCCAGCAUGCACUGCGAGGUCUGCAGUAUAUUAUUGACAAAGAAAAACGGACGAAGGGAAACAACAACAGGGGUGGGAUCAGAAGCAGCGACUCCGGCGGUUAACGUUACCGUGACACGAACCCACAGCAAGUAACGCGGCAUGGCCCUGAGGCGAUGAGAGCGGGAAGUGCCGUUUCCACCUAAAGGGAGUUGACGCAGCGUGAUAGUUUGUGGAAAGAGGGGUGGGGGGGCCCAGGCAAACCGUGGACGGGGAAGGGGAAGAGCUCAGCUGGAGCCAAUGCAGCAGCAGCAGCAUCGACAGCCUGAGCUGGUGGAAGGAAGCCUUCCCGUGUUCGUGUUCCCCACUGAGCUCAUCUUCUACGCUGAUGAGCAGACGUCUCACAAGCAGGUGCUCACCCUCUACAACCCCUAUGAGUUCGCCCUCAAGUUUAAAGUGCUGUGCACAGCACCAAACAAAUACACUGUGGUUGAUGCCACCGGAGCGGUCAAGCCACAGUGUUGCGUUGACAUAGUAAUCCGACACAGAGAUGUGCGCGCGUGCCAUUACGGGGUGUACGACAAGUUCCGACUGCAGGUGUCGGAGCAGAGUCAGCGGAAAGCCCUGGGCCACAAAGAGGUGACGGCCACACUCCGCCCCUCCGCCUCACAGGAGCCGCCCAGCCCCAGGUCCCAAGAUGAGGAGCGCAGACUCAAAGAGCAGCUUGCAGUCAGCGAGUUUUUCGAGCAGACCGCGUCAUGUCACACAGAGAGCCGUCCUGUUGCUGGGGGCCCCAGUCUGCUGACGGUGCUGCUUGGGCUGGUGUGUAUGGCCGCCCUGAUGCUCCCGACCCUGGGGGAGCAAGAAUUUACUGUGCCUGUCUACCUCCACCUAAGUAUUAACAAGAAACUUGUAGCUGCUUAUGUUCUCGGUCUUCUUACGAUGGUCAUCCUACGCACAUGAAGGGCUGCAAGCUAAGAGGAGGGGAAAUGAUCUGAAGGCGAAGAGAACACCCUCACACCGGAGGCUCUGCUACACUUCGAGUACAGUGGACAGCAGGGGGACGUGGUACUUAGUUAGCUCCAUCCCCUGCAAAAAAUACAUUUUUAGCAUAUUUGUGUUUAUACGUACAGACCUGACACAAAUAGCAGAUACCUCCAGUGUGUAGGUGAAAAGGAAGGUAGAGCGAGAGGAGCCGUCCCUGUGGAGGAGCACGAGGCCAGUUAAAGUGUUGUUUGAGCUCAUACUCCACGUGUCCGCAUUUCUAAUGCCAUUAUGUACCAGAAUAUGAUUAACUCUACAUGCAAACAUUACACGUGUAUAUAAAGCCAUUAAACGUGUGUUAUGGCAUUGACCUGUAACCAUCAUUAUAUUGAUGCUUCAAAAGCGUUUUUAGAUUAGACGCCGAGGACUAAAUGCAGUUAUUUGCAUGUGUGGAUACUUUUACAUGUCACCAAAGCAAACACCUUGUUGUGAAGACCACGGUGUGUUCGCAGCGCCAUAUCAAACGCUCCAUCAAACGUUUAAUAAAGUCUCAAUUCAGAUGUCUGGUA